AAAAAGGGACAUGAAAAAGGAAUAUGAAAAAGGAAAGAAGGAGGUCGGUUCCUUGAGCCGGACGGUCUCUUAGGUUCGGUUUCGAGCACAGGUUCGGUUCUAGGUUCGGGAUUUGUCCACUUCAUUAUACAUUUCAAACUCACUUUGUGAUAAGAACAACCCACUCACUCCAUUCUCUCAUUUCAACUCCUUUGCUCCUACCAUCAGUCUCCCCCGUCGUGAAACUGGCAAUCGACAACCAAAAAACCAUCGUCGUCCGUGAAUUCAAGCCUAUAAACCGCAGUGUCAUGGGUGCCGAAGGACCUAACGAAGACGAUAAGAAAUGGCCGCCGUGGUUGAAACCGAUGCUUCGUGAAAGUUUUUUCGUUCAAUGCAAACUACACGCGGAUUCGCACAAGUCAGAAUGUAACAUGUACUGUUUGGAUUGUAUGAACGGCCCUCUAUGUUCUCUCUGUCUCAAUCACCAUAAGGACCACCGUAGCAUUCAGAUUCGUAGAUCAUCAUAUCACGAUGUAAUUAGGGUUUCUGAGAUUCAGAAACACCUAGACAUCACUUCAGUACAGACGUACGUCAUCAACAGUGCGAAAGUCGUUUUUCUUAACGAACGGCCACAACCGAGGCCAGGAAAAGGUGUAACGAACACCUGCGAAGUAUGCGAACGGAGUCUUCUAGACUCGUUCCGCUUCUGCUCGCUCGGAUGCAAGAUCGUCGGAACAUCGAAGAAUUACGAACGGAAGAGUAAUCAAUUGAUGGUGCCGGUAUCGGAUUCAGAGGAGUCGUAUAGUAGUAACAGGCAUGGACGGCGGAUGAGUAUCUGUAACGGAAGAGUUCACAGCUUUACGCCGUCGACGCCGCCGCCGAUGGCCGGCGGUUUCAGGGCGGCGAAGCGGAGAAAGGGGAUUCCUCAUAGAGCACCAAUGGGAGGAAUAAUCAUAGAAGUCUAAACAGCCCCCUAGACUAUUGUUUAAUUACUAUAAAGUCCUUUUAGUUUUAUACUUUUGUGAAAUGCAUCCCUUUUCCACUUUCUGGGUGGGAAUUGUGAAAUGUGAAAUGCCCUUGUUACCCUUUGUACAAAAUAGCAGUCUACUGUCUCCUAUAGUAUAUAGUAUAAGUUAGAAGUAGGAAAAGAAGGGUAAAAGUGUCAUUAUGAGUAGUUGGAGUGGAGUUAUACAGUUUUUUUUUUUCUUUAAUUAUAGGAAAAAGAAUGUAACUAUGGUUGUCGUGGUCUAAAGUUUGGAAAAUGUGGUUUGCUUUUAUAAUGAUAUGAAAUAAGUAUUGUGUAUUAUUAAA